AUGAAUCCCAAGACUCUCAAGGCUUUGCUCGCAAAGCUCCGAUUUCCAAACCUGACCCUCGUGGCUACAGCCACCAAACAUCAUCCUCUGACAACCAAAUACCUCUCCUCCGACUCCUCUACAAAAGCCACCCACGACGAGAAGUGGGAGACGGCCCUCCUGCAAAACCCAGACACCCCUCCCACCACCGACUCAAACGAACCAGACUACCCUCCCAACUAUGCCAAGGUCAUCCUCGAUGCCUUCUGCAGCGGCAAGCCCGUGUCUUGCGUCUGCCUCCCCAUCAAAGCCGACAAACUCCGCGACCAUCUCGCGCAGACCUAUCCCACACAGACGGAAAUGCAGUUCCGGGCUGACGACAUCCAAUACGUCACCCACUUACUCGAGGGGAUCAGCCUGUGCGAGACCUGUCUAGGCGAGCAGUCCGACAUGGCGCAGCUCAUCAAGCUGAGUGGUGCAACCAUCGAGCGAUACCGGCAGUUCUACCAGGCUUUGCACCAGACAGGAUUCGUUAGUCGGUGCCAGACACCACACGCAGAUGAAGUGCCGAUCGAGACGCACUUCUUCUUCGCUAUUGCGCAGAUGGAGCGAAUCGCCGCGAGUGUUAGCCGGAUCCUUGAGGCUGCGUGCGAGAUGCCCGUCUUCGAUCAGGAUGCCUGGUAUAUUGUCUCGAACCAGGUAGAGCGGCUGAUGAAGGCUACAAUGACGUUGCAGGAUCGGGUGGAGCAGGUGGCCCAGUCUUGA